AUGUGGGAAGUGGAAUCAGAUACGGGAUCGCUGAGUGCGUCUUCUGAUGGACUCCGGCGACGGCAAGGAUGGGACCCGGAGGCCGAGAGCCUUGCGUCCCAAAUGGAUGAACUCGAUGAAGUUCUGGCUGAAGAAGAGGAAGGAUGCCCCUUACCAUCUACACCCGAAGAUCAGCAUUUGCUCGAUGCGGAGAUGGCCGAAGUGUUGAAGGCUGGCGUAUUGUCCGAUGAGAUCGACUUGGGUGCUCUCGCCCACAACGCCGCGGAACAAGCGGAAGAAUUUGUCCGCAAGGUGUGGGAAGCUUCAUGGAACGUGUGUCACUUCAGACAUCUGCCGCGCUGGUUGCAAGACAACGACUAUUUGCACAAAGGUCACCGACCGCCACUGCCCUCGUUCAGCGCGUGUUUCGCGUCAAUUUUCCGUAUUCACACAGAAACAGGCAACAUCUGGACCCAUUUGCUUGGCUGCGUCGCAUUCAUCGGUGUGGCUAUUUACUUCCUGACCCGUCCCUCCAUUGAAAUUCAAAUGCAGGAAAAAAUGAUAUUUGGUGUGUUUUUUGUCGGAGCUAUAGUAUGCCUUGGCUUUUCGUUUGCUUACCAUACACUUUACUGCCAUUCGGAGAUGGUUGGAAAAUUAUUUUCUAAAUUAGAUUAUUGUGGUAUAGCUCUACUGAUCAUGGGUUCUUUUGUUCCCUGGCUGUACUAUAGUUUCUACUGCCACUACAGACCCAAAAUAAUAUAUCUUUCUGUAGUGAUUGUGUUAGGGAUUUUGUCUAUCAUAGUGUCCUUAUGGGACAGAUUUUCUGAACCUCGACUGAGACCUCUUCGAGCAGGAGUGUUCAUGGGUUUUGGGUUAUCAGGGAUUGUACCUGCAAUUCAUUAUGGUAUCACAGAAGGCUGGUUCAGCCAAGUCAGCAAGGCAUCACUUGGUUGGUUAGUGCUUAUGGGUCUCCUUUACAUUCUAGGUGCAAUGUUCUAUGCACUACGUGUGCCUGAGAGGUGGUUCCCUGGUAAAUGUGACAUCUGGUUUCAAUCUCAUCAGAUCUUCCACGUCCUUGUGAUUGUGGCUGCUUUUGUACAUUACCAUGGCAUCAGUGAACUUGCUUCUUACCGUGUUACUGUUGGGGAAUGCUCUAUGGCUCCAUCUUCAAUUGCAUUCUAG